AUGGCGACUCCCAGUCACAAUCAUAGCGACAGCCUGUCGCCAGCUGCCGCAACAUUACAAGUCGACUCUCGAGAAAGGGCACAUAGCAAUGCCGAGACUGUCAGAUCAGGCGUUUCCAGCCAUCACAACAGCAGUUUGUCGCCAUCGUCAGCAACACUCCAGGUCGGCGGCCCUGGCAGAGAGCGCGCUUACAGCAACGCCGAGACGGUCACAUCCGGCAUCUCUGGCGUUUCCGAUCCCUUCUUAACACCUGCCGCUACGAGCGUAAUAUCGAGUUUAAUCGAAGAACCCGAGAUCGCAUUACGACCAGACCCCGGAACCGAAGGCGAUUUCCACGUUGAGAACAACCCAUUCGGCUUCGCACCAGGCCAUUUCAACAAACUCCUCAAUCCCAAGUCCCUGUCGGCCUACAAGGCCCUCGGCGGCGUGAAGGGGAUCGCUUAUGGGCUACAAACCGACCUCCACGCCGGUCUCUCAAUCGACGAGACCAACGCCCCCUACAAGACCACCUUCGACCAGGCUGUCGCAGCCGGCUCCUCCCAGCAGAGCGAAAAGCCCGUACCUCAACAAUCGACACCCAGUACAUCCUCUGAGAGCUUCGCCGACCGGAUUCGAGUGUUCAAGCGCAAUGUUCUCCCCGCGAAGAAACCUACAUCGCUCUUGAAGCUGAUGUGGAAUGCAUACAACGACGCCGUCCUGAUUCUCUUGACUGUCGCUGCGGCCAUCUCCUUGGCAUUGGGCCUGUACGAGACCUUUGGCGUCGAACAUGAGCCGGAUGCACCCAUGCCUCUCGAUUGGGUCGAAGGUGUGGCGAUUUGCGUUGCCAUUAUAAUUGUCACAGUUGUUGGAGGUCUGAAUGAUUGGCAAAAGGAGCGAGCUUUUGUGAAGCUCAAUGCCAAGAAGGAAGACCGAGAGAUCAAGGUUCUUCGUUCUGGAAAGUCGUACAUGAUCAACGUUCAUGACAUCUUGGCCGGAGAUGUCUUGCACCUCGAACCUGGAGAUCUUAUCCCCGUCGACGGUAUUUUCAUUGAUGGGCAUGACUUGAAAUGCGAUGAGUCCUCAGCUACCGGUGAAUCUGACGCAAUCAAGAAGACUGGCGGCGAGCAAGUUAUGAAGGCGCUCGAGGCCGGCCACAGCAAGGCUGACUUGGACCCCUUCAUCAUCUCGGGCGCCAAGGUCCUUGAGGGUAUGGGUACAUUUGUCGCAACCUCUGUCGGCGUUAACAGCUCUUUCGGUAAGAUUAUGAUGUCUGUUCGAACUGAAAUGGAAGCCACUCCUCUGCAGAAGAAGCUGGAACGCCUGGCCAUGGCUAUCGCCAAGUUUGGUAGCGCCGCUGCCGGCCUGCUGUUCUUCGUUUUGCUCUUCCGCUUCAUUGGCAACCUGCCCAACGACGAUCGUCUACCCACACAGAAGGCGUCCGCUUUCAUGGACAUUCUUAUUGUCGCCAUCACUAUCAUUGUCGUUGCCGUCCCCGAGGGCUUGCCCCUCGCCGUCACUCUCGCACUCGCCUUUGCUACUACAAGAAUGCUUCGGGAGAAUAACCUAGUUCGAGUUCUUCGAGCUUGCGAAACCAUGGGAAAUGCUACUACCAUCUGCUCCGACAAGACCGGCACCUUGACAACGAACAAAAUGACUGUUGUGGCUGGUACAUUCGGCUCUGCUAGCUUUACCAAGGCUGAUUCCGAGAAGCCCGCUGACCUGACCAUUGCUGAAUGGGCGGAGAGCCUUCCCGAGGAUACCAAGAAGGCCAUUGUUCAAUCCAUUGCUAUCAACUCGACUGCUUUUGAAGGCGAGGAGAAUGGUCAGGCUACCUUCAUCGGAUCCAAGACUGAGACUGCUCUGCUCCAACUCGCUCGUGAUCAUCUGGGUCUUGGUUCCCUCUCUGAGGCUCGCAACAACGAAGAAGUUGUCCAGAUGUUCCCGUUCGACUCCAAGAAGAAGUGCAUGGGUGCCGCUAUCAAGCUGCGUGGCUCUGGAACCUACCGUCUCCUUAUCAAGGGCGCUUCCGAGAUUCUUCUCAGCCACUGUACAUCCAAGGGUGAUAUCAACACUCUUGAGGAGACUCCCUUCCCCCGUGAAGAGCGAAAGCGCAUUCGGGGCAUCAUUGAUGGCUACGCUAGCCAAUCCCUCCGCACCAUCGGCCUCGUCUACAAGGACUUCCCCUCAUGGCCUCCAGCUCACGCUGAAGUGGAAGACGGUCACGCCGACUUUGCCUCACUUCUCAAGGGUCUCACUUUCUUUGGUCUCGUCGGUAUUCAGGAUCCAGUCCGUCCAGGUGUUCCUGAGGCUGUGGCCAAGGCCAGACAUGCUGGUGUCAAGACUCGCAUGGUUACUGGUGACAACAUUAUCACUGCUCGCGCGAUCGCUACCGAGUGUGGCAUUUACUCCGAGGGUGGUGUUGUCAUGGAAGGCCCCGAGUUCAGGAAGCUCAGCGACGAAGAGUUCAAGAAGGUUCUCCCUAAUCUGCAAGUCCUCGCUCGCUCAUCUCCGGAGGAUAAGCGAAUUCUUGUGACUAAGUUGAAGGAGCUCGGUGAGACUGUUGCUGUCACUGGCGAUGGUACCAAUGAUGCUCCUGCUCUCAAGGCUGCUGAUGUUGGUUUUUCAAUGGGUAUCUCUGGUACUGAGGUCGCCAAGGAGGCUUCCGCAAUCGUCCUCAUGGAUGACAACUUCACCUCCAUCAUCACUGCUCUCAAGUGGGGUCGCGCCGUCAACGACGCUGUCCAGAAGUUCCUGCAGUUCCAGAUCACGGUCAACAUCACUGCUGUCCUCCUCGCUUUCAUCACUGCUGUCUACCACCCUGAAAUGAAGCCCGUUCUCAAGGCUGUCCAGCUCUUGUGGGUUAACCUCAUUAUGGACACCUUUGCUGCCUUGGCACUUGCGACAGACCCUCCAACUGAGAAGAUCCUCGACCGACCCCCUCAGGGCAAGAAAGCUCCCCUCAUCACCACCAAUAUGUGGAAGAUGAUUAUCGGACAGUCAAUCUUCCAGAUGGUUGUGACCCUUGUGCUAUACUUUGCUGGCCAUGAGAUUCUUGGCUACGAUCGCUCCAGCGAGGCGGAUCAGACCGACUUGGACACAAUCAUCUUCAACACUUUCGUUUGGAUGCAGAUUUUCAACGAAUUCAACAACCGACGUCUUGACAACAAGUUUAACAUUUUCGAAGGUGUUCACCGGAACAUUUUCUUCAUUUUGAUCAACAUUCUCAUGGUCGGACUGCAGGUAUGCAUCAUCUUUGUUGGAUCUCGUGCUUUCCAGAUCUCCGAAGAUGGUCUGAAUGCAACCCAGUGGGGCGUGUCCGUUAUCACCGCCCUCUUUUGCUUACCUUGGGCUAUUGCGGUUCGCCUCUUCCCCGACGAAUGGUUUGCCAAGAUCGCUCGAGUCGUUGGAACGCCCUUUGUUAUUGUUUACAACGCUCUGGGCAAGGCUUGGCGAAGCACCUUUGGCCGAGUCUUUGCUCGUCUUAAGAAGUCAAAGAAGACCGACGAGGAGACUGCCGAGUCUACUGAGCCUACUGUUGUCCCCGAGGUGAGGGAGCCCGAGCCAGAGUCCGAGAAGAAGGGCCCUCAAACGGCACAGCAGAAUGUCCCCGCGAUUCCUGCCAUCAUUGCCCCCGAGCCUGAAUCUGAGAGUGACAAUAGCCCAAACCAAGGGCCUGAGAUUACUAUUUCUUCAGAGAAGCGACCUGCCUGA